CAGAAGCUGCCAAAGAAAGCCACAUCUUGUUCAUACUGAAAGUGCUUUGUCUGCUAAAGCGAGGCAACCACAACGGACAGCAAAUAUGACCUUUUAUGAUGGCCGCUACCCCUUCUAUCCAAUAGCACGGCCACCAGUCGUGUUCAACACCAUUCAAAUCGUGGUUAUUAUCAUCUUUUUAGUCUUCCUGCUAGCUUUUCUCAUUGUACUUAUUGGCAUUCGUGGAACUGAAAGACUUCAUGGGCUUAUGAAAGUAACUCUAAGUCUUUUUAUCGGAGUUGUUAUCGUUGUUGUUAAUUUCACCACAAACUGGGAAAGGGGAUUUGCCAUAGUGAACACAACGUAUAAAUCAUUCAGCAAAACUAAUGUUGUGGCAGAAGUCGGGCUUCACGUUGGAUUGGCAGGACUAAAUAUAACCCUAAAAGGGCUCCCUCAAAACCAGCUGAAUGAAACUAUCAAUUACAAUGAAGAAUUUUUGUGGAUGAAUGGAAGAAUCUAUGAAAACGAGUAUCGCAAGGGGCUGGAGAGGGGUCUUCCAGAUCCAAUUUUGUAUGUAGCAGAAAAGUUCACUCCAAGCAGCCCCUGUGGUGUUUACUUACAGUACAGAGUCUCUGGUACUUAUGCCUCAGCUACAAUGUGGGUUGCCCUUGUUGCUUGGAUGCUGGCCAAUAUCCUGCUGUGGAUCAAUGUCCUUUUAUAUGGAGCCUAUAUGAUGCUGGUAUCCGGUUUCUUCAUGAUAUUUUCAGUGAUCUCCUUCGGCACGACAAGGAAGACACCACUCUGUGAUAUUCAGUUUGACCAAGUGAAGCUGGAUAGUGCUCUUGGCCCAUCCUUUUGGCUGUCAUUGGCAACAGCAUUGUUGACUUUACUCAUUGGAGCAACCAUCACUGUGCUGAGCUUCUUUGCUCCAAAGGUCUUGAGCAGAGUAUUUCUAAUAAAUGACGAUAACAACGAUGAAGAUGCAUCGAUAGAUCAUUAUUAUAAUGUCAGCUUCCAGGAGGAAAACAAGCCUACCAAUGGUUUACAACUGAAAAGUAUGGAAGGUGCUGUAUAAUCAGCUGAGGGAUGAUUCCAUGUCUCCAAUAUGUAUCUACUUGAUAUCUACUUAGUACUUGGACGUUAAUCCACAUCUGUGCAAAAACUGAAAUUUCAGAUGUUAGAUGGAAGGAGAGAAACACUAAUAAUUUUAAACUUAUUUCUAAUUUACUAUGAAGUUGGACACAAUUGAAGCCUCUGCAAGGUGAAUGUUGAAUGUUAGAUCAACAUCAAAUUGUGGUAUAAAUAAAUUGAGCACUACUCAAACCUCAUGAGUUAAAUAUUACAAGUGAUUCCGGAAAUGAAAGGGUUAACAUGAGGAACAUUUGUGGAGUUUAGAAGAAUGAAUGGCGAUCUCAGUGAAUAUUGAAAGACCUAGAUAGAGUGGAUGUGGAGAGGAUGUUUCCUGUAGUGGGGGAGUCUAGGACCAGAGGGCCACAGCCUCAGAAUAGAAGGACAUCCCUGUAGAAUCUGUUGAGAUGAGGAGGAACUUCUUUAGCUAGAGGGCAGUGACACUGUGAACUUCAUUGCCACAGACAUUGCGAAGGUCAUGUCAUCGUCUAUUUAAAGUGGAUGUUGAUAGGUUCCUGAUUAAUAAAGGGGUCAAAGGUUACAGGGUGAAGAUAGGAUGAAUGCGGUUGAGAGAGAUAAUAAAUCAGCCAUAAGGGAAUGGUGGAACACACUUGAUGGGCCAAAUGGCAUAAUUCUGUGCCUAUGUCUUAUAGUCUAUUGUCUUGUACCUGUAGAAUAUGAAAGGUGUCGCAAUUGCUAAAUGAUUGAACAGGCAAGUGUAAGUGACAGGCAGAUGCAAAGUGAGCACCUGCAAAUAUUUCUCGAUUGUUACCAGUGUGGAAGGAUUUGCUUUGCAAUUAGUGGUUUCAGUCAAUGCAGACAUUCAGUAUCUCAUUCUUCACUGGCAGAAGUUUCCUUUAUUUGUUUCUUAGGACAUCUUGGAUUCACAUAAACAUUUUUACAAUCAUUGAAUUUGUGUGUGUGUGUGCACAAAAUGAAGAAUAAUACAUUUUAUUCAUUUUCCUGAGCUGUCAAUGGAUCUAAACAUUGUCCUUUGUAAAUGUACAUAUCAUGAUAAGCAU